GUCUGUGUCAGUGAUUACUUGAUAAGUGAGGCUUUUUGGAGUCUAAUAAAUGUAUGGAUGCCCGCCUAAGGUAAUUAGUGCUAUGAUAUAAUCUGUUCUUUGAUCAUGAUCAUUUUGAUAUCUCCCAUUGCGGAUCAAGAAGAUGCCCUCCCUUGUGUUGACUCUUUGGAUAUCUUUGACUCUCGGGGCAGCAUGGUCUUUGUAUUCAGGUUACUGUUUAUAUUGUAACUAUGUUGAAGCCACUAAGAUCGGUAUUCCCAUUCGUAUACUCCCGAUUGACCACCUCAAUAAGCUAUGGCUCCUAGUGGACAAACAGGUCGUUUCGGUGGUUCGGCGACUCCCGGGCGUAUUGGGUAACAACACCUUCACUAGGUUCAACUACCGUGGCUGGCACGAACAUGACGGCACCCGUGCGCAUGAUGAGAUGGGCGAAGCUUUCAUAAUAGUCACGCCAUCUCACAUCUGGCUCUAUAUUGCGGAUCCGGUUGCACUGAUGGACAUGUAUCGCCGGGGAAAAGACUUCCCACGUUGGAUAGAGAUAACAAAAAUGCUGGACGUAUUUGGAGGACCAAAUAUAGCAACCGCAUCGGGGGAGCAGUGGCGAGUGCAUCGGAAGAUCAUCAAUUCUUGCCUCCACGAGAAAUGCAACUCGAUCGUAUGGUCUGAAGCUGCGUUGCUCGGUGACGAAAUGGCGCGUUACUGGGCAUCAAAGGGCGUCUUUACAAGUGUUGGAGAAGACACACGAACAGUAUCUCUCCAUAUUCUAAGCAGGGCUUGCUUUGGCCAAUCCUUUGCAUUCGAGGGCCACGACGAGAGGCCAUCAGCCAGCCCGUCGGCAAGUUUUCGUAUUUCAUUGUUGACAAUCAUGGAGGCCGCACUUCUCAUCCUUGCCCUGGGGCCGUCGUUUUUCAUGAAUCCGUGGCUGCCUCUUCCGCGACGUUGGCGGAUCAUCGGCGAGGCGUGCGCCAAGUUCAAGGGACACAUGACAAAUCUCUACAACGAGAAGUUCCGCGCCCUCAGCGAGGGUCACUUGCAAGAAGAGACAACGCUCAUGACCUCACUUAUUCGCGAAUCUCAGAAAAGGGGCGACGGAAAGGGGUUGACCGAAGCUGAGAUCUACGGCACCAUGUUUGUAGUCAGCUUCGCUGGUCAUGAUACUACCGCGCACCUCCUUACCUAUGCGAUCUUCUUCCUCGCAGCCAACCCAUCCGUUCAGGAAUGGCUUGCCCACGAGUUACGGGAAGUCUUAGGUGACAGACCUCGGGAAGACUGGAGUUAUCACACCGAUUUUCCCCGACUUAAGCGCUGCCUAGCUAUCCUCUAUGAGACAUUACGUCUCAAGACACUUGUGGCAGAAGUUAAGUGGACGGGCAACAAUGUACACUCCCUAGAUAUCGGCGGUCGGACUUUAACGAUCCCACCGAAAACUCUGCUUAUACCCAGCUACAAAUAUGUUCACCAGCAUCCAAAGUUCUGGGGACCAGAUGCGCAAAGCUGGCUACCGAAUCGAUGGAUCGGAAAGGCCAAGGAUGGCGAACCGGCCGCGGCAGCACAGACCCGAAAUCCGGUGGAGCCAAACGAGGACUUGCAGAGGCUGAACAACGGUGUAGAUGACGAAGUUUUACUCCCGCCUCCAUCUCGUGGAAACUACCUUGGCUGGUCCGAGGGAGCGCGGGAUUGCCCCGGGAAAAAGUUUUCCAAGGUUGAAUGGGUAGCCAUCCUGGCGGCUCUCUUCCGCGACUGGAAGGUAGAGCCACGUCUCCUAGAAAACGAGACGUUUGCCGAAGCACGUGCAAGGACACUGAAUGUCAUAGAGGAAGAAACGGACUACGGGGGGUUACUACUACAGUUGAUGCAUCCGGAGAAGGUGCCGUUGGUUUGGAGUCGCAGGUGUUAAAAUUAGGGGAACUUUCAAUGCAUUGGAAAUCUUAAGGACCUAUUAUAGAAGCAAAUAUAGAUUUGAC